GGUUUUUUAUCGGAAAAUGUGCGCUUUGCUCGUCGCUGUCGCGAAGAGGGCAUUAUAUUCAUUGGCCCAGAACCAGAAGUCAUGGAGCAGUUAGGCGAUAAAAUUGCCGCUAAAAUGAAUGCCAUUGCCGCAGGACUUCCCGUCAUUCAAGACAGCCAAGUGCCGCUUGAUACGGUUGAGAUUGCCAUGCAAGAAGCGCAACGCAUUGGCUUCCCUCUGAUGAUCAAGGCCGCAUCGGGUGGUG